GGAAAUAGCAACCUGUAUUUGUUUUAGUUUUGGAGUCUAAAAUAGAGCUUGUUCAAGAGCUGCUGAAGAGAGACGCCCCAUCCAACGUUCCUGAGAUCAUUGACAAACUAUUCUCUGAAAUAGAAAAUGUGGAUAAGAAGGCAGAGGACGAGAUUCAGGAGGCUGAGGUUGAAGAAUGUUCAGUAAACCUGUGGAACUGGGCUGUGACCAAGCGAAUGGGUUCAUUUAUCAAUGAUGAGCAAAGAGCUAAAUUGCGCCACAUUGCUUGUAGGCUAGCAUUGCUGUGUGAAGAUAACAGUUCCUCGGAAGAAACUGUGCGAAGGCAGAUUCUGAUGACCAUGAAGACAGGAAAAGGGUGGGUGGAUAUUGGAAAAGCUGUCCUUGCUGACGGUUUUCUUGAGAUUGCUAUAAAAAGUAUAGAAAACCUGUACACCAGAUUAAUGAAGAGGAGUAAUGGGGAAGCAGAUAUACAUGUGCACAAAGCUGAUGUGGAGAAGAACCUGUUCAAAGUGCUGUCUUACCAGGCUGAAUCAGCUGUUGCUCAAGGGGAUUUUCAAAAGGCAGUGAUAUGUGUGCAGCGCUGCAAGGACAUGUUGAUGAGGCUGCCAAAAGAGACUUGUUACCUGUCUCUCCUUUGCUAUAACUUUGGAGUGGAAACAUAUGAGCAGAAGAGGUAUGAACAGAGCUCCUUCUGGCUCAGCCAGAGCUAUGAAAUUGGGAAGAUGGAUAAGAGAUACUCUACUGGGCAAGAAAUGCAGGCUAAAGUUCUGCGGUUAUUAGCCACUGUCUACUUGGAAUGGGAUUGCAAGGUGUAUCAAGACAAGGCUCUGCAGGCUAUAAGCUUGGCUAACAAGGAGAAUUUGCAUCCAGCUGGGUUUUUCUUGAAAAUUCAAAUCCUUCUGAAAAGUGGAGCAGCUGAUGAAGACCUCAGUACAGCUAUUGCUGAAAUUAUGCACCACGAGGUAUCUUUAGAUUUCUGCUUGAACACUGCUAAGAUGCUGCUGGAACACAACAGGGAGUUGGUGGGUUUUGAUUUUCUGAAGUCUGUUGCUGGGCGAUUCGAGUCCUCGCCUGACCUUGGAAAGGUCAUCCUGCUCCACAUCGAGUUCCUGUUGCAAAGAAUGAGGGAGCCACUUGCCAAGCAGAAGAUCGAAGACAUCAUUACAGGUCACUACACAGGAAAACAACUGUCAGCUGAAACACUGAACCAACUGCACAUCAUUCUGUGGGACAGAGCUGCCAAGAACUAUGAGGCAAAAAACUACCCUGAAGCUCUUCAGUGGUACAACUAUUCUCUCAGCUUCUAUUCAUCUGGGCAGAUAGAUCAGAAUUUGGCUAAGCUGAAGAGGAACAUGGCUUCCUGCUAUCUUCAUCUGAAACAACUUGAGAAGGCUAAAGAGGCAGUGAAGGAAGCAGAGAGGUGUGAUCCUAGGAGCAUCUUCACUCAGUUCAGUGUGUAUAAGAUUGCAGUCUUGGAGGGUAACGCUGACAAAGCGGUGGAGGCAAUUGUUUCAAUGGGGAAGCUAGCAGAAGAGCCAGCCCAGCACGAAGACAAGCUGUUGGCAGAUGGAAGUACAGUAACCACCCUUUUAAGUUUAGCUGCCCAGAUUGCAUUAGAGAAUGAACAACAUGCCGCCGCUAUAAAAGCUUUGGAGUAUUUAUCUCAGAACUCACAAGACUGCCAGCAAGUGUUUAUAGCUUUAAAGUGUUUGAUUCGUCUUGUCUUGUCAAAGGUCAUAGCAGAGCUUGAAGACAAGAGAAUGAAAGAUCUGGACACACUUCUGACUUAUUUGACCUUGGCGCAUCAGAAGCUUGCCGAGCCUUUCACAGAAGGGAGCCUGACACUGGAACUAAGGACCCAGGUCACUCACUGGUUUAGAAAAGUGGCUUGGAACUUGGCUGUACAGUUCGAGAACUGCCCAGGAACAAUGAGGGAUUUCUUCAUACUGUCUUUCAAGUUUUCUCAGUUCUGCCAUCCUGAUAAAGCUGUUCUGAUUGCCCAGAAGACAUGUCUGCUAAUGGCUGCUGCAAUUGGUUUGGAAAUGGGGAGACAAAACAUAGCACUUGCUGAACAGAUUGAGCUUCUGACUCAGGCUCUUCAGCACAUCCAGGCAUGCAGGGAUAUCUGGAAAGCUCUGAAGCCAACAGGAGAUUUCUCCAAAGACCCAACUGACACAUUGCUGCUCCUUUAUGAGUUUGAAGCAAGAGCCAAACUGAAUGAUCCAGCCCUGGAGAGCCUUCUGGAAUCUGUGUGGGACCUGCCGCAAGUAGAGAGCAAGACGCUGGAAACCAUUGCUUCUUUAGCAAUGGAGCCGCCAGCUCAUUAUCCUUCCGUGUGCAAGAAGGCCCUCAAGAACGCGCUGACCAUAUAUAAGAAACAAGAAGCUGUGGAUGGUGUGAGAAUCAGCAAAUGUUUGCACAGUUUGAUUCACCUUUCUCUGCCAUCUGGAGUGAUAGAUGCAGAUGCUUGUGUACUGGAAGAGGCAUGGGGUUACUUUGAAGACGCGCUGAGCACUGUAAGCAGCACAGACAAUUACCCUGAGGUGGAGACCCUUUGGCUGAUGACCAGAGCCUGGAAUACAGGGAUAUUUCAGUACAGCAGUGGUAAAUACAAGGAAGCCGAGCAGUGGUGUGGGCUGGGAAUGCGCUUCCUCCAUCACUUGGGAUCCCUGAAGAGCAGCUAUGAGAGCAAUAUGGUCAGUCUCUACAGCGAGGUGCUGGAUAAGUUGGACAGAGUGAAGGGGUUUCUUCCAAAUGAAGAAUGAUGCCCACCACAACCCUGGCAGAUAAGGACACCAGCAUUAUCAGAAGAGUCUCCUGGGUAGCGGCUGCCAGCUCUGUGAUGCCACGUGAGUUCUGGGCACAAGAUCGAGGCCUUUCCACUGGCUGUUUCUAAGUUGUGUAUGGUUUUGGGGCAUGUCUGCUGGAGAAAUGCAGUGGUUUUUCUCCACCACUCAUGCACCUUUUUGGAGCCGCUGAGUAAGAGGAAGCAGACGCAUGCAUUCCUUAUGAGGUGGGGUUGCUGUUUUAGAGAAGAGGGGUAGUUCAAACGUUUGAUUUCCAUAGGAGGUGACACUGUGAGCAAUAAAAGAGUUCUAA